GUCACACAUCUAUUUGUUCGGUUCUCGGUCAGAUCCAUAAUCUGAGAUUUUAUUGUUCAUGUUGUUGUUCCUACAUACAUAACUACAUUACUCAAUCUCUCUCUGCGCUUACAAGAGUGAUGACACUUCUCUUUCUAUCCUUGUAACGCCAAACCAACGCCAUCAUAAUCGAUUCUCUUAUAAGACUCUCUUUCACCCAUUCUUGUAAGCCAAUCACACCACCCUCUCGCUCUCGCUCUCGCUCUCGCUCUCGCUGCGAUUGGAUUGGGUGUGUCUUAUUGCAUAGUCCCUUUGACGCUAAGAUUGGGUGUGGUGUCAAAAUCGGUUAGGCUCACCCAACCCAACCCAGACGCAGAUGCAGACUCUGGGUUUCUUGUUGGCUCCUGUUCUUGGAUUUUACCACAGGUUCCUCCGAUUUUUUAUCCGCUUCAUUCUCCUCAUGUUCAUGGAUAUCCCUUCAACCUUCAACUUCCUCACCCAACUCACUGAACUCGGUUGCGGUUUUCUCCUCCUAGGUUACGUUUCGCGCAUCUUCAACAUCCUCGGUCUCCUUUUGAUCUUCCUCUCCUGUCUCCGCUUUCUCCGGUCUCCGAUCGGAAAACCGCUCAGAGACGAUACUCUCAAGGAGGAAACAGAAUAUAAUAAUAGUAAUAAUAAUAACAACAAUAGCAGUAGUGGUAGUGGUUCCAGGGAGGAGAAUUUGGAGGACGAGGUGUUCGACGUGAUGUCGUUGAGGAGGAUGGUGAAGUCGGAGCGGCAACGGUUCAAUGCGGCGUGUGCGGAGAUUGAGAAGGAGAGAGGGGCAGCGGCCUCCGCGGCCGAGGAGGCGAUGGCGAUGAUACUGCGGCUGCAGAGCGAGAAGAGUGCGGUGGAGAUUCAGGCGACGCAGUUUCGGAGGAUGGUGGAGCAGAAACAGGAGUACGAUCUUGAAGUGAUUGAGUCGCUACAGUGGACGGUGGAGCAGGUGGAGUCACAGAAGAAUCUUCUCGAACGGCAGUUAGGGGUUUUGAGGGAGAGGCUCAGAGACUUCCUCAAUGAUCACGAGAUUCAGCAGCGGCUUCAGGAACAGGAAUGGGAACACGAACAGGACCGGGAACGGGAACGGGAACAAGAAAAUGAACAGGAACAAGAACUGGAACAUGAACAAGAGCAUGAACAAGACGCAGCCAGUGAUGUCGAUCUCGAUCUCGAUCUUCCCGUUGUUAACGAAGAUAUUGAUCGUGAUGAGGAUGCCGACAGUGGUAGCGGGUUCUUGAAUUUCUCUGUUGAAUAUAAUGAUUUUGAUGCGGCCUCGUCGCAAAAUCACUCUCCCUCACAAACACCCCUGCACUUGUAAGUUCACAUGAUGCACAUGGACAUGGUUGUUCAAUGAAAACAAAAGUGCCUUUUUUGCCUUUCAAAUGUAAAUUUUCUUUUAUAUAUUUCUUUGCUGUUUGUUUUAUCCACUUGUUUCAUUGACAGUGUUGGUGAAAUAGCUACACAGGAAUAUAGGUUCAAAGUUGGCUCAGGUUU